GUAAUUGAGAAUAUAGAAUCCCAGAGUACCUUCAGAAGAUCGGCGUCCGAUUUUGAGUGGCCAAAAAUGGAAGCAAUUCAUGAGAUAGGAAAUUCGCCACCGCCUUUUCUGUGCAAGACGUAUGAGAUGGUGGACGAUUUGUCGACCGAUUCAGUGGUGUCUUGGAGUAAGAGUAAUAACAGCUUCGUCGUCUGGAACGUGCUGGAGUUUUCGAGAGAUAUUUUGCCCAAGUAUUUUAAGCACAAUAAUUUCUCCAGCUUUGUUAGGCAGUUGAAUACUUAUGUUCAAAGCAAUAAAUCGAUGAUGGGACGAUGGGAGAUGGGAGUCUCUUUUAAUCACGAUGAGGGAAUAAUUUUCUUGUGUAUUGCAGUUUAUACAGGUUACAGGAAGGUUGAUCCAGACUGCUGGGAAUUUGCAAAUGAGGGAUUCCUUAGAGGCCACAAACACCUGUUGAAGACCAUAAGUAGGCGAAAACCAUCUCAAAUGCAGGUCCAUCAGGACACCGCCUCCCAAGUGCAAAGUGUAUCUGUUGAAUCUUGUGUUGAAGUUGGGAAGUUUGGAAUAGAAGAAGAGGUUGAAAGGCUUAAAAGAGAUAAAAGUAUUCAUAUGGAGGAGCUAGUCAAGUUGAAACAGCAGCAGCAGGCAACAGACCACUGCUUAGAGAAUGUUGGGCAGCGUCUUCAUUUAAUGGAGCAAAGAGAACAGCAAACCAUGUCAUUCCUUGCUAAGGCCUUGCAGAGCCCUGGCUUUAUAGCCGAGCUUAUUCAUCAACACAAUGAAGGUAACAGGCGCAUUCAUGGGAUGAAAAAGAAGAGGAGAUUUCCCAACCAGGAAGAAGAAAUUUAUGCAGGCAAGCCUGUCAGUACUUUGCAUGACAGGCAGAUAGUCCGUUACCAGCCUUUAAUGAAUGAGGCAGCAAAAGCAUUGCUGCAGAAGAUCCUGAAAACUAAUGCAUCUGGUUGGCUGGAAACCAAAGUUAAGAAUACAAAUGGUUUUUUGACUAGUCAUGGCCAUGCUUUCGAAAAUACAUUAGACAGUGCUGGUAUAUGCAGUCAUAUUUCUGGGGUUACCCUUCCACAACUGCCAACUUCUUCACAAUCUCAUCUGACGUCGGAUUCAGGAUUUCCAUUCAACUCUAAUUUAUCUGCCAUUCCUGAGAUCCAAUAUUCCCCUGGUCUGAUUCCUGGGGAAGCCAAAGUCCCUCACUUUCCUGGUUUAAAUGCACUUAACUUUCAGAUAGACCAUGUUCUGCCUGAAGUUUCAGAAGGACAUGGGAUAAAUAUACUGGACAAUUUUGGAAUAACUGACCUUAAGCGGUCGGGAACUGGGGAUUUGCCAGACAUUGACAGAAUGCAAGGCAUUGUGGAUGGUGUAACAUCAGUUGUCCCUGAUAGAUUUUCCACAGAUACUGAUAUUGAUGUCUUUUUUGACGAGAUGCCUAAGCUUCCAGGCAUUAAUGACAUUUUCUGGGAUCACAUUCUUUCUACAAGCCCUCUCACUGGGGAUAAGCAUGAGAUUGGUUCUCUAGCAUUAGAAGAUGGUUUAGCGAAGGAAGAGGAUGUUCCAGGAAUUCAAGAGAGUGCUUUCGAUAAAAAGAAGCAUAUGAGUUAUCUUACUUAACAGAUGGGGCUCCUUGCAUCAGGUUCUCAGUGGAUGAAAUCGAGAAUUUUAUUUGAAUCCCGAAAACAUCAAAGAUAUGGCUUUUUAAGACCAAUGUUUUCCAAUUCUGGCAUAUGCCAAUAUUUUUUGCAUAACUCAACAAAGAGGAAUUUUCACUUCCGUUUUUAUCUCCUCAUUCUGCAUUAUAUGGAUGUCUGACUGACUCGAGGUGAGUCGGCUUUCAGUAUUUCUCCAAUUCCUUACAGGGCCUUCAAUUCUUCGGUUUAGUCUUACCCCGUAUGUUUUAAUCUUUGUAAUAUUGUAAUUUUGCUUUUUGCACAACUGCUAAAACCAGUGGUAAGCUUGAAGAGAGUGAGGGCUUAAGUUGUUCAUCGUGUUUGUAUGGUUUUGGCAGGUUGAUGUUCUGUACUGGUAGAAUAGAAAUUGGAGCGGUACCUUUUGUUGCUACAAAUUUUCUUUUAUCUGUUAAGAAAAAAAAAACCUGCUCUGCCUAAAGUAUUUUCUGUUCCAGUUCAAUCCCUAUUGUAGCCACCAACUACAAAUUGUUAUCUCUGUUUUUUCAUUUCUGCUAUUUCAUUCUCAUAUUUAUUUCUUUAUAUUUUUUAUUUCUACAUCUGAGAAUCUGUUUGUUUUUCAGUGUUAAAUUUUUUGAGUUAGAGAGAAGAAGAUUUAGCAAAUUACUGCUUACUUAUUGGUUGUAUUUGAUGGAAAUACUUUGCCAUGUGUUAAUACUUUGUAGAAAAUGUAUCUGGUUAUCCACUAGUCUGAAAUAGAAGUGAGAGUGGAGCUAAUAGGUGUCUAAUAUUUGUAUGGAAAGCUGAGGGAGAUAAGGUGAUGCCAAAACCAGUUAUGGCCUAAGGGUGUUACUUUAUAAUAGAAGAAUAGAAAAGAAAAAAAAAGGAAUUCUAAGCUAUGUAUUCUUGUAACUGAUUAUUGGUUAUUGGUUAUUGUUGAAGUAGGAGAAAACUCUAUGUCUUUCAUGAUCUCUUUUCUUCCUUCAAAUUGUAUUCUUUAAGUAAUGGUCAGAACAUGUAGUUUUGAGA